UUCGCCAAAAAAUAAAUUAAAUUUUACUAAAUUUUAAAAUUUUAAAAAACUGUAUUUUUCAAUUUAAAAAUCGAGUUUAAUGAAUUUUGAAAAAUCCUUCGUUCAUAUUCCAAGGAAUCUGAUUUUGAACAACUUUUGUACCUACACUUUUCCUUGAAAAUGCUUUUUAUUACAGAUCAGGAGAAAGAGCACAUUCAGCAGUAUAAAAAGAACUUGAAUUCUCACUUUCCCUACACUUUUUAGUGGAAAUAGUAGCAGAAGAAAAAGUUCAAGUCGAAAUAAGUUUUGAUUUUGAAAAGUUUUCAUUUUUUUUCGACUUUCAAUCUAAUUGGCUUAGUUUUCUUGAUUGAAGUUUUGAAAUUAUAGUUAGGUAUGAUUUUAUAGAGUAUUUCGCAGCGCAUCUUUCGAAAAAAAAAACCAUCCAGUUUCGGAAACAAAUCCAAAUCAAGUUAUAAGUAAAAUACUGAGUGGCUCAUUUAUUCUGGGACAUCCGUUACACUAUUUGUUUAAAUGAUUUAUAGUACAUUGAUACUCUUCUUUUAGGUGAUAUUAAUCAAGAUAAACAUUGUCUAGUGAAUAGUAAUCCAAUAUAUACAAAUGUUAAUUCAUUAACUUUAAAUAAUAUUGAAGAAUGUCUUUCAUUAUUUGAUCAAUUAAAACAUUAUGUUAUUUUGUCAAAAAUAAAACAUUUAAGUAUUUUAGAUAGUAAUGCAUUAAAUGGUGAAUUAUUAUUAAAAAUUCUUACACAUUCAUUAAAUAAUGAAUCAUUAGAUUUGGGUAAUUAUGAUGAUCUUAUACAAUUAACAUUUAAUUAUACAUAUGUACCAUUAUGUACAUAUUUAAAUAAAAAAAUUAAAAAUUUUACUUGUCAAGGUUAUUUAGAACGUAAUACAAUUGAACAAUUUUGUCUAUUAUUUUCAAAUGUUGAACAUCUUCAUAUUGAUAUAAAAGAUUUAUGUGAUAUUUAUUAUAUGUUACCAUUUGUAUUAAAAAUAAUGAAAAAUUUACAAAGUUUACAUAUUUAUUCAGGAGAUAUUGCUCGUGAUACGCACAAAACAAAAUAUAAUAAUAACGAAAUAACAAUAUGGUUAAAUCAAUUUGAUGAUUUACAGAAUUUUUAUGCAGAAUAUGAUUGGGAAAGUUUAUUUAUCUGGAUUAGAUAA